UACUGUUCAUUAGGAGUGAACUUUCUGUUGAUGUUUAAUCAUUCUAUAAACUUAAUACAGUUUAUCAUCAUUUUAAAUUUACAAAUACUUCGAUUACAGUUAUACAAGUGGGAAAAUUCUAUCCCAGAUAAAACUCGUCUUAUCCAGAACUUCAGUGUUGAUCGUGUCAGUGCUUUUAAACGAAGUAACGAACGUUCAAAUUUUUUGUCGUAAAUAAAUGUAACGCUCCGAAUUUUUAUUUCUAAUACAUCGUAAACACUUUCCAUUAAUGGAAAGUCAACCAAUUUUGUUCUGAACGUGAUUUUUUCGUAACAUACGUUAGCGCGAUACACGUGUUCCCGAUAUCUAUUUUGGUUACCAGCAAGACUCGUAAACUUAAUCGACUGCAAGUAGCAUGUUAAGUUACUUCAAGAAUAGAGACGAUCGUAAACGGUGAUCUUUAAUUGAUCGAUAAUUGAUGAAAAGUGAUUGGUGAAGUGCGUAAUAGAUAUAUCCAUGUGUAUAAAUUUGAUUUAAAACACAAGAAAUACGGUGAAACCAAAUAACAGAUCGCACACGUGAUUAACAAUUAUUGUAUAGAUCUAUAAUAUUGGCAUCUUUAAAAGUGAACGAAGAAAAAGACCUAGCGUCUCGAUGCUCGAGUGUGCUAAUGUUGUAUAAUAGCAUGCAGUUCGCAUAUCGCUACACGUGGAACCGAGAAAUAAUUGUCAAUUCUCAAAAGCUCGUAAAAAGACGUUGAAUGAAAGCUUUUAUGGUCCUGUAGAAGGGCUCGGCUUUUUCACGUUGAAAAAAAUUCGUAUUAUAUAUAUUUAAGAUAACUAUUUUUUUAAUUUUUAUUUAAUUAUAACGUACGUGUUUACUACCCUGCCUACCUUCUAUUAAUAAGGGUUUACGCGAAAACAAACGCACGUGAUAAUGGCUGCUAUAUGUUACAGUGAGCCUUUCUCGGAUUGGUUGGAGGAAAAGAUAGAACUUCCCAUUUUUGAAGAGUUGCCAGUUUCUGAAAGUGGACAGAUUAAACCAUCAUACACCGAAAUUACAAAAAUUCCUCAGCAAGAUAAUACGCAAACUUUAUUGCAAGAAUUUGAAACUGUAUUGGGAGACGUUGAGGCUUGCCAUCAGAUAGUCCCUUCAUCAACUUCCACUCUUACACCACCUCAAUCACCUCCUCCUCAUAAACCGUUAAAUGUAAAUACCCAAUUACUUGUUACUUUACAGCCUGUACAACCAUUGUAUUCCAACCAUGAAUCUAUAUACAGCGUCGUAAUUCCUGAAGAAAAAUCAUGCGAGAAUGAAGCAUCAUUGCAAUGGAAUACAAAAAAUGUAUCAUUAGAUCCAUUAAAUACAGACGUUGCGCAUGAUUUAGCUGUGGUAGAUGAAUAUGUACGUUUGCAUACGGAAGAUAUUCCACCGCCUAGUCCGUGUACAAGUUCUGGCGGUAGUUAUACUUCAUCAGAAGAUUCUGUUGAUGAUCCAGAUUGGAUUAUAGAAUCAGGCAAAAGUCACUCGAAACAGUCUACGUAUACUUCAACUAAAACUCGUCAAAAACCUUAUUCCCGUCCAUCUGUAGAGGACAAAAAGGUUCGAAAAAAGGAACAAAACAAGAAUGCAGCUACGCGUUAUAGACAAAAGAAAAAGCAAGAAAUCAAAGAAAUACUGGGUGAGGAACGCGAACUCACUGAACAUAAUGCAAAAUUAAAAAAUCAAGUAACAGAUUUGCAACGAGAAAUUGGGUACUUAAAGGGUUUAAUGAGAGACUUAUUCAAAGCUAAAGGUCUUAUCAAAUAAUCCGUUUAUCUAUCGAUCACAGUUAUGUUUACUGAUUUUUAAUGAAUUUAUUAAUCAUACUUUUGACACUAACUUUUUUUAUAUUAAUACUAAUAAUGUAUUGUAGCAUAUAGACCUAGAAUACGAUUAUUUUCUUUUCUUUAACUAGCCACAUAUGUAAACACUAUCUAAAAUCUAUCACAGCUUCUUAGUAGGACUACAGAACUGUCAUCACAUAAUGCAUAAUGUACUUGCCAUCUCCGAAUUUAUUUGUGGUCCGUUAAAGAUUAGGAAUCAAGAUGCAUUAAAUAAUGAUGGAAUUUGUAAAGUAUUCAGCCCUAUGAAACUCCAUAGGAGUGGAAAUUUGCUGAUACCGAACAUUCUAUAAAUAAUUUAAUGCAUCUUAACGAUGCAAAUAUUUUCAUUCCAAUUUUAACCCAAUCAAGUUGUUUUCUUACCGAAGAUAUUGUAUUAGAAAAUAAUAAAUGGGUUAUUAUAUAAUAAAAAUUCA